UAAGGAAAAAUAUAAUCACCAUAUUCGUAGACAUUUAAAUUUCAGUUUUCUGUACACGUACUAGGAUGUUUCAUACACCAGAUCACUAUCGCAAUAUAUCCUUGAGACUUUCUGAGGUCCUGGCCGAUAUUGGAGUAAACGAAAAUAUGGUGCUGAAGAGGAGAAGGUCAACGUUACUAGCUGAAACCAUUGAAACAAUCAAUGACAGAGCAUCUGGUAAAGAAUGGAAUGUUUACCACUUAGGCAGCAGGUCUGAAGGUACAACAGCAAUAGGACUUAAGUCAGAUACUGACGUACUUUUCUUCCAAAAUGGUAAAAUAGUAAUACAGGACUUGUCUGAAAGGACUCAAGGUUUAACUAACUAUCUGAUGAUUCAGAAUGAAACAACUCCGACUGGCUAUUGUCUUCUACAGGUACUUAGACCUGUUACAAGUGACAUGGACAAUGUCUUUGUCAAGGAUACAAGAGGACGAAUAUUGUGCAAGAAUACAAUAAUUGAUGUUUUAACGCUUGAAGGAUUCCAGCGACAAGGACCAUCACAGGUACCAGAGUCUAAACAUGGUUUAGUUGAUACAGACUUAAUAAUAGCAUAUCUUUGUAAAUCAUGGCCCCAGUCAUCACGAGCUUGGCUGCACCAGGUAGAAACAAACAUAUGGCCAACAGCAGCAAUGAAGAGAUAUGCUAAGACCACAGCGUGUUUUGUUGUUGGUGUUGGCAGCAAAGCUAGUGAAAAUGCAGCAUUUGAAUGGAGAAUUUCUACAUCAUUAGCCGAACGCUGCUUGAUAUUCAGUUUAAAUAUUACUCAAAUACGAUGCUAUAUCUUAAUGAAAAUGAUUUUAAAAAUAUAUAUUAACAUUGAUAAUGAAAGUCAUAUUUCAAGUUUCAUAUGUAAAACUGUUUUAUUUCACUGUAUAGCAAGCAAACCUUAUAAUAUUUGGAAGGAAUGUAAUAUUUUAAACUGUUUAAGCCUCUGCAUACUAACACUGAACCAAUGUAUAUUAUGUGGAACCUGUCCUCAUUUCAUUGAUCAUGAAAACAAUUUAAUGGCAGGAAAAGUUUCAGCUGAAGUCAAACAGCAGUUACUUGAAAGAACGUCAAAUUUGAUACCAUGUGACGGAAUUUCACUUUUUGGAAUUCGGUUUGAUUAUCUUGGUGAAAAACUUCAGCUUAAUGUGAUAAAUGAAGUACCCCAUACUUUUCUACAGCCAAACGAAUACACUAUGGUAAUAGGAGCUUCGCUUUUACGAGACACAGCAAUAUAUAUUUUACAGAAUUGUUACGUUUCUAUUAGUAGGAUAGGAGAUGAAAGUUUAGAAAUGAAACUGAAAAGUUUGUUACAGAUAGUGCUACAUUUGACAAGAUACUUCAUGGAUGGUGAUAUGUUAGAAAAGACAGCAAGCAGACUUUUAGCACCUGUAUUUUGCACUUUAGUAGGAUCUCUCAUAGCCUCACAUAACAUUCAAUUUUACAACACAGUUUCUCCUGAAGCUCUUGCCUGGCUUGAAGCAGGACAAGACUUAGAUGUUGCUUCUGGCAGACUCAAACUUGCAUCUAUCAUGUACUGUGAUGGCAAUGCAGAAAUGGCUGCUUUAAUGCUUUCGGUUGUGGAAGAACUAUAUACCAUAGAAAUUACUGAGCCUGUAUGUUGUUGCUCAAGCUUCAGAAAUCUUCACUUCAAUAGAAGAUUUGGUCUACUUGCCAGUCAGUAUGAUGAGGAGCUAUUUAAAUAUAUUGUUGCAUUAUGUGUCACAUUUUUUCCAUUUGAAAUUAAUUGUGUACCACGUGAACUUAAGUAUGAAAUGUUUAGAUCUACUCAGGAGGACCUUCAACAUAGAGGUAUAGAUGAUUAUUGGAUGAAUUGUGCUGUUGCAGACUCACUUCCGUACCUUUACUUUCUACAAUACAAGACAUUCGGCAAACUACGGAGACCCGAGCCACAGCAACAGGCAUUAAACAAACUUGUCUGGGUCAUUGCAACAGAUAGCCACCUCGCACACAGAGAAACGGCCCUGAAUCUACUAGGACAGUGUAUGGAGCAGGAGAACAAAACUGUUGAAGCUUUAAAAUGUUACAUGCUAUCUCUACGCCUCAGGGAAAGAAACAAUGCUGCAAAAAUUCAUAUCUGCAGGUGUCUGGCUAAUAGGCUUGCCAACUUGAAUUGA